UUUUGAAUCCGGAGAGCAUCUCUUUCCCGGUGAAUACACAAAAACUGCGCGAAUCAACGAAAAAUAAAGAACAAAAGCGAGGGCCUCUACCCUUUUCAACUCUUCCCGCCCCGAGUCCCACUGUCCCAGAAUCCCCUCCUCUCCUCCAUCGGAACCCCUAAUUUCCAACCCUUCCCCGACCAACCCCAGUCGCUCACCCAAUCCUCUUUUUCCUUCGGUUCUGUGCAAACUAGUUUUUGAAUUCAAAUUCACAGAGGCUGAAACCACAUAGUUUGUUUGAUGCUGAAAUGGAAAGGAACUCGGCAGCAUGUGUGAUGCAAUGGAGCAUCGAGCUAGAGAAAGCCCUGCGCUCCAAGAAACCAGGUCUCUCACUUGAAGCCAUUUCGGAAGUCGGUGCAAGGCUCCAACAGUUAAGCAGGGAGCCAGAUGCUUCUCCUGCUGUCCACCACCUGUUCGACCUAAUUCCUGGUGAGGAAAAGCUCUUCUCCAACGCCAUCAUUCUUCGCCUUGCCAAUGCCUUCCAUUGUGGAGACAAGAAUAUAAGACUCUCCAUUGUCAGGGCCUUUCUGUUUGAGUACCGGAAGAGGAACAAGCGGAAGGAGUAUGAUGGAGUUUUGUCCAAAACUCGGGUUCAUGUGAAGGCAGAACUGCUGAGGAUAGUUAAGCUUGUGUUUGACAGUGGGGAUGUUGAGGAUAGGGCAUUGGCUUUGGGUCUGUUUGGUUGUUGGGCACAUUUUGCUAGAGAGAGUUCAAGCAUACGCUACUUGGUGCUUUCUAGUUUGGUUUCUUCUCACGUUAUGGAGGUAAAAGCAUCGCUGUUUGCAGCAGGAUGUUUUGCCGAGUUAUCAGAGGACUUUGCAUGUGUUGUCUUGGAGAUGCUGCCUCAUAUGAUGACUUCACCAGAAACGUCACCUGCUAUAAGGUUGGCUGGAGCACGAGUAUUUGCCAAACUUCGGUGCUCACAUCCCCUUGUGAAUAAUGCUUACAAGACAUGCCUAAAGCUUCUGAUUGAGUCCGCAGAUGAGGGUUGCCAGGUUGCAAUGCUUGUUUCUCUCACCAAACUGUCUUCCAGGUCAACCAUUCUUAUAUCUCAGCAGAUGGAUUUGCUUCUCUUGUUUCUUAGCCAAGAAAAACCUCUUCAGAUGCGUGCAAUGGCAGUAAGAAGCCUGCAUUAUAUAUACAGUCAAGGAAUGUGUCAUUUUCCUGUAAAUGCAUAUCUUGUGAGAGCAUUACUUAACAUACUAGAUGAACCUCAAGUUCCGUCACUCAUGCUGUGUGAUGCACUGCAGACAUUACGCAAGAUUAUUUCAUGUAAGCUAGCAGGUCUACCCCUUGAUGUAUUUGAAUCUUCUAAGCUGUUAAGCGUUGCUGAGAAUGCAACUUCAUCUCCAAUCACGUCUGAGGGCCUGUUAGCUAUUUCUGUUUUGGUAGAUGUGCCAACGAAACUAAAAGGAAGUACAGAGAUGGGGUCUCUUGCACCUUGUUCCUCUCUUCUGCCAUCUCGUGUGAUCUCACUUAUCAUUGAUCGAAUCACCUUGAUGGUUAAGCCAGUUUUGGAUCUUUGUUGGACUGAGUCUCCAGUGUUUCAACAAAUUAAUUGCCUGCUCAAUCUUCUUUUCCGUCUAAUUCGAGAAUAUCCGGAUCUGCAUGUCUUAGUGCUGGAUCAAAUAUAUGUUUUGGUCAAGUCUCUCUCAUAUAUGCAUGACAAUCUAGUCAUUACAACAGAAGCAGAUGCAUCUAUUCGUGAUAAUGUAGACUUGAAAGGAGAAAAAAGCAGAACUAUCAGAUCAAAGCUUUUAUUUAUUGUCUACAGAUUUUUGGUGGCCUUUCUUGAAAAUCUCAGUGAAGCUGGUGCCAUCUCCACCGAAGUAUUUGACAAAGUGAAGCUUCUGGUCGAACUUGUAAGUCAGAGCAACUUGUUUGAAUGUUAUACAUACACUCUCUACUCUUUGUUGUUACAUUGUCGAAUCAUUUGGGUUAACUUGGCGCAUGGGAGUGAGGGAAGUUGCAAUCUUGAUAAGAACUCGGGCGUAUCUCACUUAAUGGAGCAUGAAUUUUGUACAAUUGAAUGUGCGAAGAGGAUGCUGACAGAGAACAACAAGUGGCCUGCUUACAGAGUCGGGAUUUAUGCAGCAUGUCAGGGAGCCUGGCUCACUGCCACUUUUACAUUCAAGCAAUUAGUACCAAAGGUUCAUUCUAUUUCCUGCUGCUGCUGGAUGAGAUCAUUAGUUCAAUUUUCUGAUUCUGAGAGGAGACUCAAGUCUCUGCUGUUGACAAAACAAGGUUUAGAGACGAAUAAAUUUGAUCUUAUACUUUCUAGUAAUGAUUUAGGUGAAAUCAGCCAAGAUUCAGCUAGUAAUAUCAGGGAGCAUAUUAACAGUAGGGAGCUCACAGCAGUUUACGAUGGUCUUUGUUCUUCUUUGGCAACAUUAAAUGGUGAUUUCAAAUUGGGCCAAACUUUUUAUUUCCAAAGGUCGUUUUUGUCUUUAAGAGCAAAGGUGCUAGGAGCUGUGGUGGAUAUAGUUAAAGUUCUUGAAAACAUUCAAUUUGACCAGCAUAGCAUUACCAAUAAUGAACAGGUUGGAUACCUCGUAUCCUUGAAGAAGUGUAUUCAAAUAUCUGUGCAGUUGAAGAGGCUAUCACAAGAAUUUGAUCUAGUAACAAAAUCUUUCAUUGACAUGGACAGAAAAAGUUCAGGAAUCAUUUCGGAACUCGCACUAUCUUGUUCACUGUUGGCCUUUUGUACUGGUUUUUCUCUUUACAUUCCAAGCCUAAUCGAAUCUGUUUCUAUUUUCAGUCUGGGAACAACAGAGAACAACUUAGACUCAAUGUUGAUACGAAAUCUAAUUGGGCGUUUGGGGGCCAGUAACCAUGAAAUCAGUGCAACUCUUUGUCUGCUUUUGAAUCCGGGUGGCAAGCCCAUUGAUUGUUUUCACUUGCAGUCCAGAAUCCAAGCAUCUAAGGUUGGUUCUGUAGCGAAAGAUAUUCACAGUGUUUGUAGUUCUGUGGUUUUGGGGAUUUUUGGCUUGAAAAGUAAGGCAAACGGAGUGCACAAUGUGGAAGGUCUCUCCCAAGCAACCAAGGAUGGCUUACAACUUCUGUAUAGCAUCCUAAUGAAAUGGAUGCAAAUCCCCUUCCGGACUCCCAAGUACUUCUUUAAAUUUAGGCCUUGCCUGGGGUCAGAACUCUUCGCUGUCAGUGAAACGAGAAACCCAGAUGCAAUAUAUGUAUCCUCAGGCUUCAACUUAUCAUUAAAUUUGUGCCUUCAGUUAAGAAAUGUGCCACCAGACAUCCGAGUCCAGUUGAAAAAUUUGUACUGCAUAGUCUACAGUGGAGCAUCCUUUCAGGAGCCAAGAGAAGGUGGAGAAAACAAGGAGCAAAAACAGGCUUGGGAAGCUGAUGACAUUGUAGAAAUGAACGAGAAGCUGUUACAGUAUGUAACAGAGUGCAGUACAAAAAAGAGUAAUAAGCGUCGAAGGGGUAAAAAUGAUGGCGAGUGUGUGAGUUCGUUCGCACGUUUUGAACUGAACGAAAGAGGGCAAGGGUUUUCAAGUUGCUUGCUUGAUGUUUCUGCUUUUCCAGUGGGUACUUAUAGGGUUAAAUGGUAUAGCUGCUGUAUUGAUAGUCAGGGUAAUUGUUGGAAUUUACCCUCUUUGAAUGCUGGUCCUGUAUUCACUGUACAGAAGUCAUAGAUUGAGUUUUUAAUAAAUUAAAGCUAACCAUGUAAAUAAUGUUGUUCCCGUUCACCCUGCAGCCAAAGGUCUGUGUUCGAUUCACACUUUUGUAAAAUCAGUUGUAUAAGAGGAAGACGUUAAUUAUAACAAUGGUCUCUGAAUUAUAACUCGAUUUCAAUUUUGUUCAUUGAA